GGAAGAUAGCCUGACGAAACCAUUAUUGAUUGAGGGGAAGGGUUCAACAUUUAGCAUGAUGUCAUAAAAGCCCUGCAUUGUCCCUGCCCCCUCAUUAUGACACAAACAGUUCAAAAUAAUUUGGCCUCUAGUUUCAAGAGCCUUAUCCUGCGCCCAUGCUAACCUUCAAACCCAACGGCAGGUAUUGGCUACUCCACACAGCAGCUCCCACUCUGAUCAACUUCUAACCCCACCUCACCUCACCACAAUGCUGGGCUGGGAAGACUACGUGCGGAGUUUACUUGCCGAUGGGUUGUGCCAGGACGCUGCCGUCUUAGCCUGUUCCUGCCCCAGGCUGCUGGCCGCCAAAGAGGACGGCCUGUUCAAGCAAAUGAGCUCAAAGGAAAUCGGGAACAUCAUGAGCAACGAGCGGAAGACCUUCCAGGUCAAGGGGUUCACCAUCGGUGGCAAGAAGUGUUUCGUCAUCCGCGACAACUUCCAGCUGGACGGCGAUUACACCAUGGACGUCAGGAUGAAAAGGAGGGACGGUAACAACCCCUGCAACAGCAUCGCCAUCGCUCGGUCGACAAAAGUGGUCAUUAUGAUCAUGGGCAAGAGAGGUGUCCAUGGAGGAACACUCAAUAAAAAGGCCUUCCAGAUGGCGACCUACAUACGAAGAUCUGGCUGUUAGAAGAAGCAUCGGUUACUGCCGUUACAACCGGAUAAUUUCAUGAACGCAACUGGAUUUCCAGGCGUUAGCUCAAAAUGCUUUGACAUCUCCCUAUAAGCAGCUCCAACUAUUCAUUGUGUGACCAGACAUAUUGCUGCCUGUGCUUAUAGUGGCACUCAUAUUCUUGAUAUAUACUUAUGGAAAUUAUUUAAAAAUCUAUGUGUUGUGCUCUUAUUGCAGAAGUGAGUUUGCUGUGUGAAUGGAACAGGUAUGUCAAUCACAUUUCUCCAAUAAAGAUCAAAAUCUUAGAUGUUUCACUGUUUUUAAGACGUUUGAUGCUCAAAAGAUAAGUGCACAAUUGUAUAAGCAACAUCUAGGAUUCAGAGUAAACGUACAAGGGGCCAAUGGCAACAUUUGGCACAAAGUAUCCCGUUGCAAACUAAGGUAAUGUAGCUGCCUCACUGCUCCAGAGAUCUGGGUUCAAUCCUGACCUGUCUGGAUGGAGUUUGCA